AUGACAACUUACCACAUUAUCGAGGGAGAGAAUUUAAAGAUAAACUGCACAGCUAUUGGUCCACCAACACCGAACAUCACAUGGGUGUAUAUCAAAGAUGGUAGUGUUGUUACACACAGCCAAGGAUUAGGAAGUGUCGUACUAMAYAUAGAUAACAUUAGUCGUUACCAUGCUGGACUAUAUGAGUGCCAGGCUAAAAACAACCCAAACGAGGAUCCAACUACUACGAGGACAAGUGUAUCAGUCUACUACAAGCCAGUAGUUAGCGCAUCGAAUUCUUCAAGGAGCCUAAAUUCCUGGAAUGGUAACAUGAUGACACUCAAGUGCAUUGUAGAUGRAUUUCCCCAACCACACKUMACGUGGUACAAACCCAGUGGUCAACAAAUAUUAUGUGGUGCUAAGAAUUUAACUGAAGGUAGUCAAGUGAGAGUAAAAACAACAGAGUGCGGUGCAGACUAUGGGUUCUACAAAUGUCAAGCUGCAAACGUUGCUGGCAGAGGAUGAGCAUUUUAUUAGUGUUUCACAGCUGUUUCCACCAGGCCCUCCCGAAUUCACGAUACUAGACCAUGAUAUCCAAGCAUCAUCAGUGAAUGUAAGGUGGACCAAACCUGGUUAUGAUGGUGGAA